UUUUUUUUUUAAUGUUAAAAAUGUUAUAAGUUUUUAUUUUUCAUUUCAUUUUCUUUUUCCCCUCUUCUGUUGCAUUGUCCCUUUUCAUCUCUGGAGUGUCCAGUCGUAAAUUAUCACCCUUACUCAUUACACAAAUAGGCAUAAUGUUCAUCUUAUUGAUCACAUAUAAAAUGUAUUGUUGAUAUAUAAACUACCUACGUAUUUAUUCUGGACUUGACUAUAAGUCUAGUAAAUACAAUGCACAUAACUAACCGUAAACAGCAGGGCCAUGGACGAACAAUCUACUGGUCUGGUGCAUAGCUCGUCAAUCCGCACCAGAAUGGCCAUUCCCAACAUCAAAAUGACUAAUCCAAUUAAAAAACUGGUCAGUAAACAAAGAAAACGUUAUACUGAAGAUGGGUUCAACCUCGAUUUGACUUACAUUCAACACAAUGUGAUAGCAAUGGGAUUUCCAGCAGAAAAUUUAGAAGGUGUAGUUUACCGAAAUCAUAUAGAUGAUGUAAGCAGGCUCCUUGAUCAGAAACAUCCUAAUCAUUAUAAAAUAUAUAAUCUUUGUUCAGAACGAUCUUAUGAUUCUCGGAAAUUCCACCAACGUGUGGCUACCUACCCAUUUCAAGAUCAUAAUCCCCCAAGCAUUGAGGUGAUCAAACCUUUUUGUGAAGAUGUCCAUCAAUGGCUUGCUAGAGACAGCAGAAAUGUAGCUGCUGUACAUUGUAAAGCUGGAAAGGGCCGAACUGGUGUAAUGAUAUGUUGCUAUCUAAUUCAUAGUUUACAAUGUUUAUCAGCAGAAGAAGCUCUCAAUUAUUAUGGCCAAAAGAGAACAUUUGAUAAAAAGGGUGUCACUAUUCCCAGUCAAAGAAGAUAUGUAAACUAUUAUGCAUUGUUAGUUGAAAAAAAUUUAAAUUACAAGCCUGUGGUAUUGACUGUAAAGGAAAUAAAAUUAGAUCCAGUGCCUAAUAUUUUUAAUUCGGGGCAAACAUGUAUCCGUUUAGUAAUAUCAGAAUGGAUAAAUGGAGAUAGUUCAAAAAUCAGAAAAGUCUAUUCAUCUGAUGUACAGGAUAUGCGACGUAAUGCUACUGAUGUAACAAUUCGUUUAACACAAAUGACCCAAGUCCUUGGAGAUGUGAAAGUAGAGUGUUACAAUAAACAUAAAAUGAAGAAAAAGGAAAAACUAUUUCAUUUCUGGUUUAAUACUUUUUUCGUUCGUGAACCAGCUGUUACUGAAAAUGGUAAUAGAGAAAAUAAACAUUGUGGCCAGCAUGAAAAAACUGUUCAUACUAAUAGUAUGGAUGACUCAACUAACUUUCGAUUUCCAAAUAAUCAAAUGCGUACAAACUCUAUUGGUCAUGUGGGUGGAAGUGAUAAUCGCCUGUUGACAUUAAACAUGAACAAAUGGGAUUUGGACGGCCAUAAGGAUAAACAAAAUAAACUUUUUAGUGCUGACUUCCAUGUAAGCUUAUUAUUUGAACGUACUGAUGUUUCCGAACCAGUUGUUGGUGAAACACUAUCAGAAAGUGAAUCAAGUAGUUGUACAACAGCUGAAGAAGAAGAAGAUGGAUGGGAAUCUGUAUUUUUUUAGAAUAAUGAUUGGUGAAGGCCGCUUUAUUCUCUCCCUUAGGCUUUCGUAAACCUGUCGCUUGAGCACAAUACACCUGAUGGCGUAGAUGCAAAUGUGAUUGUGUUUCCGGUGGUUCUAGGCGAGUCGACGUAUCUGUAAGAUAUUGGGAGUGCCACAAACAGAAGACGAACAACAUAAACGUAUUUUUAUAUGUAUAUGUAUAUGUAUAUCUAUAUCUAUAUUUGUAUAUAAUAACUGCAAGUUAAUGUUUUUUUUUUAAGUUAAAAAUUUAUAUAGAUUAUAACAAUUAUUAUAGUCUGGAUUUUAAAAACUCCUCCAUAAUUAGGCAUACACUCGCCUAUUUUAUUAUUUUUAUAGUACAAAGAAAAUAAAGUUUUAAUUCUGAUAACUUUAUUAAAAAUUUAUUUUUUAUUUUCGUGUUCAUCUGUUAAUUUUUAUUUAUAUGUCUUUUUUUUAAGUCUUCCAAUGUUGCCAUUGAAUAAAAUAAAAUGGACUUAGGAACAAUGUUUUUUUUUUUUUUUAAAUUUUUUUAUGUUAUAAUAUUUAUUUAUAUAUUAAUGAUUAGAAUAUAAACUAUUCUGUAAAA